CUGGUCUCUUUAUCACUUCUAUUAUUAUUCUUAUUAUUUAAGAAUAGUUAGAUCUUAAUUGUAAACCCUUUACUUUCUUAUACAAGAGGAAUAAAGAAAGAUAAUAAGUAAUGGCAUCUUCAAGCGUAUACUCAAACUCACCAUGUGCAGCGUGCAAGUUUUUGAGAAGGAAGUGCAUGCCAGAUUGCAUAUUUGCUCCAUAUUUUCCACCAGAAGAACCACAGAAAUUCGCAAACGUUCACAAAAUAUUUGGUGCAAGCAACGUGAGUAAACUUCUGAAUGAAGUUCAACCUCAUCAAAGAGAAGAUGCAGUCAACUCUCUUGCCUAUGAAGCUGAGGCAAGAAUUAAAGAUCCUGUUUAUGGUUGUGUUGGUGCUAUUUCAGUCCUCCAAAGACAAGUUAUUAGUCUCCAAAAGGAACUCGAUUCUACUAAUGCCGAUUUGAUUCGCUAUACUCAAAUAUUACCAAAUCCUCAAGAACAUGGAGGACCUUCUUCUCCUCCUCCUCCUCCACCACCUUUUUACUGUCCUUCACCUUGGAACAAUAAUGAUCCACUAGGGGAAGCUUAUCACACAAGUGGAGGUGGUGACAAUAUGUGAUAUAUAUCUUACUAUAUCCCUACAUGGAGGGUUUCUUAUAAUUAUACAUAUAGUGUUUUACUUGAUAUACAUGUCUAUCUAUAAACAACUUGAUAUACAUAAUAUUUGUAAAAUGUCUUUCUAAAUGGUAUCUAUAUAUAUGUGUAUGAUAUUUGAUAUUAUAGUUUGUGAAAAUGAAGAUCUUCAUAUUUUAUAAAAUGUAUAUCUUAUUGUCAACACAAAAGAACUUGUUCAAAAAGAAACAUACAACAAACAGAAGAAGAUGAAGUUUCGUUUGGUUUCGCUCUGAGUGUAUUUUGUGUUGGUUU